AUGUUUAGAAACUCUGCUUUGAAGGCCACCCACAGCGGUAUGCUGCGUGGUGCGACCUCCCCAGCAUGCCGGCGCUCCUUCCACCUCGCCUCGAGCGCUCGCAGUGCAUCAAAAAGCUCCGGCUUCAGCAUGAGCGCCCGUCGCCCUCUCGCUGUUGUCAACCGUGCUUUCAACGGUGCCAGAUACUAUGCCGCCCCCGCGGAAAGUACAACUCAGGGAGUGGACCCCAACGAUUCCUUCCUCUCUGGCAACACCGCCAACUAUGUCGAUGAAAUGUACCUGGCAUGGAAGAACGACCCUUCCAGUGUUCACAUCUCGUGGCAGACCUAUUUCAAGAACAUGGAAGAGGGUAACAUGCCUAUCUCUCAGGCGUUCACUCCUCCUCCCACCCUCGUCCCUACCCCUACCGGAGGUGUCCCUCAAGAUAUGCCCGGUGAGGGUCUCUCUGCUGGCGUUGACGUGACAAAUCACUUGAAGGUUCAGUUGUUGGUGCGCGCUUACCAGGCCCGUGGGCACCACAAGGCUAAGAUCGACCCUCUCGGUAUCCGCGGAGAGGCCGAGGCCUUUGGCUACGACAAGCCGAAGGAGCUCGAGCUUGAUCACUAUGGUUUCACCGAGCGUGACCUGGACCAGGAGUUUGCUCUUGGACCCGGUAUCCUGCCCCGUUUCGCCACCGACGGCCGCAAGAAGAUGACUCUGCGCGAGAUCAUUGACGCUUGCGAAAAGAUCUACUGCGGUUCUUACGGUGUUGAAUACAUUCACAUUCCUGACCGCAAGCCCUGCGAGUGGAUUCGCGACCGCUUCGAGAUCCCUCAGCCUUACAACUACUCCGUUGACGACAAGCGCCGCAUCCUUGACCGUCUGAUCUGGAGUUCCAGCUUCGAGGCCUUCCUUGCCACCAAGUUCCCCAACGACAAGCGUUUCGGCCUUGAGGGUUGUGAGACCCUGGUCCCUGGUAUGAAGGCGCUGAUCGAUCGCAGUGUCGACUACGGCAUCAAGGACAUUGUCAUCGGUAUGCCUCACCGUGGACGUCUCAACGUCCUGUCCAACGUUGUCCGCAAGCCCAACGAGUCAAUCUUCAGUGAGUUCGCUGGCUCCACUGAGCCUUCCGAUGAGGGUUCUGGUGAUGUCAAGUACCACUUGGGUAUGAACUUCGAGCGUCCCACUCCCUCCGGUAAGCGGGUGCAGCUGUCUCUGGUUGCCAACCCCUCCCAUCUAGAGGCUGAGGACCCCGUUGUGCUCGGCAAGACCCGUGCCAUCCAGCACUACAACAACGAUGAGACCAACUACGACUCCGCCAUGGGAGUUCUGCUCCACGGUGAUGCUGCCUUUGCUGGCCAGGGCGUUGUCUACGAGACCAUGGGAUUCCACUCUCUUCCCGCUUACUCCACUGGUGGUACCAUCCACCUUGUCGUGAACAACCAGAUCGGUUUCACCACUGAUCCUCGUUACUCUCGUUCCACCCCCUACUGUUCGGACAUCGCCAAGUCCAUCGAUGCUCCCGUCUUCCACGUGAACGCCGACGAUGUCGAGGCUGUCAACUACGUCUGCCAGGUCGCUGCUGACUGGCGUGCCGAGUUCAAGCGCGAUGUUGUCAUUGACAUGGUCUGCUACCGUAAGCAGGGUCACAACGAGACUGACCAGCCCUCGUUCACCCAGCCUCUGAUGUACAAGCGCAUUGCCGAGCAGAAGGCUCAGCUUGACAAGUACAUUGAGAAGCUCAUUGCUGAGGGCAGCUUCACCAAGGAGGACAUCGACGAGCACAAGAAGUGGGUCUGGGGCAUGCUCGGCGACAGCUUCGAUCGCAGCAAGGACUACCAGCCCACCAGCAAGGAGUGGCUGACUUCCGCGUGGAACAACUUCAAGACUCCCAAGGAGCUGGCUACCGAGGUCCUGCCUCACCUGCCUACCGCUGUUAACCAGAAGACUCUUGCUCAUAUCGCUGACAAGGUCAGCGGCAGCGGUGUCCCUGAGGGCUUCACCCUCCACCGCAACCUCAAGCGUAUCUUGAGCAACCGCAAGAAGACCGUCGAUGAGGGCAAGAACAUCGACUGGGCUACUGCUGAGGCUCUUGCCUUCGGUUCGCUUGUCGACGAGGGCUACCACGUCCGUGUUUCCGGUCAGGAUGUUGAGCGUGGUACCUUCUCUCAGCGUCACGCCGUCCUGCACGACCAGGAUGCCGAGGGCACCUACACUCCCCUGCAGAACAUCAGUGACAAGCAGGGUAGCUUCGUCAUCUCCAACUCCUCUCUCAGCGAGUUCGGCGUUCUCGGUUUCGAGUACGGUUACUCUCUCACCUCCCCCAAUGCCCUUGUGAUGUGGGAGGCUCAGUUCGGUGACUUUGCCAACAACGCUCAGUGUAUUAUUGAUCAGUUUAUCGCCUCCGGUGAGACCAAGUGGCUGCAGCGUUCCGGCCUGGUUGUCUCCCUGCCUCACGGUUACGAUGGCCAGGGUCCUGAGCACUCUUCCGGUCGUAUGGAGCGCUGGUUGCAGCUUUGCAACGAAGAGCCCCGCGUCUUCCCUUCAGCUGACAAGCUCGACCGCCAACACCAGGACUGCAACAUGCAGAUUGUCAACAUGACCACUCCUGCCAACCUGUUCCACAUCCUCCGUCGCCAGAUCCACCGCCAGUUCCGUAAGCCUCUGGUCAUCUUCUUCUCCAAGGCUCUGCUGCGUCACCCCAUUGCCCGUUCCGACAUUGAGGCCCUGACCGGUGACUCUCACUUCCAGUGGAUCAUUCCCGAAGAGGGCCACGGUACCUCCGUUGACGAGCCCGAGAAGAUCGAGCGCGUUAUUCUUUGCUCUGGCCAGGUCUACGCUGCUCUUCUCAAGCACCGUGAGGCCAACGGUAUCCGCAACACUGCUAUCACCCGUGUUGAGCAGCUGCAUCCCUUCCCCUGGGCUCAGCUGAAGGAGAACCUUGACAGCUACCCCAACGCCAAGGACAUCGUCUGGUGUCAAGAGGAGCCCCUCAAUGCAGGUGCCUGGUCCUACGCCCAGCCCCGUAUCGAGAGCCUGCUCAACGCCACCCAGCACCACAACCGCCGCCACGUCCUGUACGCUGGACGCACUGGUUCCGCCUCCGUCGCCACCGGUCUCAAGGCCGUUCACUUGAAGGAGGAGGAGGACUUCCUGGGGGAUGCUUUCUCCAUUCAUCAGGAUCACCUGAAGGGCGAGUAA